CACGGCUGAGAGCAAGAUGGUACUGCUCGGGAACCUCACGGCAAGUCCGGCGGCCACCGGCAUCCGGCAGAUCCGGCAGGCGCAGCGCGCCGAUGGUCCCGCGUCAGUGCUCGCCAUCGGCACGGCGAACCCGGCGAACUGCGUGCGGCAGGACGACUACGCCGACUACUACUUCGGUGUCAUCAACAGAGAGCACCUCACCAAACUCAAAUCCAAGCUCCACAGAAUCUGUAAAAGCUCGGCCAUCAACAAGCGUUACUUUCACCACACCGAGGAAAUGUUGCGAGACCACCCUGAGCUUAUAGACCGGACAUUGCCGUCCCUGGACACCCGGAUGGCCAUUGCCGCCACCGCCGUUCCGGAGCUGGCGGUAGCGGCCGCGACCAAGGCCAUCGCGGAGUGGGGGCGCCCGGCCACCGACGUCACCCACCUCGUCGUCAGCACCUACUGCGGCGCGCACAUGCCGGGCGCCGACCUCCGGCUGGCCUCCCUCCUCGGCCUCGCUCCCUCCGUCCCCCGCACCAUGCUCUACCUCAACGGCUGCAACAGCGGCUCCACCGCGCUCCGUGUCGCCAAGGACAUCGCCGAGAACAACCGCGGCGCACGUGUCCUCGUGGUCUGCGCCGAGCUCACUCUCAUCCUGCUCCGCGCCCCCGAGGACGAGGCCGACAAGGCCACGCUCAUCAUGCAGGCCCUGUUCGGCGACGGCGCGGGCGCCGUGAUCGUCGGUGCCGAUGCGAACCGCGGCUCCGUCGAGCGCCCGAUCUUCGAGAUGGUGGCCACGUCACAGACCGUGAUACCGGAGUCUGAGCACGCCGCGGCUGGACGGCUCAGCGAAAACGGGCUCCUCUUCCGCCCCGCCGUCGAGAUGACAACGCUGAUUCGCGAGAACGUCGAGCAGUGCCUGGUAGACGCGUUGGGGCCGCUCGGCCUGAGCGGUGGCUGGAACCGUCUCUUCUGGGCGGUGCAUCCAGGGGGGCGAGCAAUCUUGGACGGUGUGGAGGCAGUGCUCCGGCUGGACCCCGAGAAGCUGGCGGCGAGCCGCCAUGUGCUGAGCGAGUUCGGGAACAUGUCCGGGCCGACGGUGAUCUUUGUGCUCGACGAGAUACGCCGGCGACAGGGAGAACAUGGGGUUGGACGUGACGGCCUGGGUGUGCUACUGGGGCUUGGACCGGGAAUUUCCAUUGAGACGAUAGUGUUGCACGCCACUGGUAACUAUUAGAACGAAUUUACUGGCACUGGUAAAUGACCUCGUAAAUAUAAGUUUACACUAAAACGACGGUCAAAUAAAUCCAUUCCACUUCUUUCAUUUCAAAAUAUAAGUUGUAGUACUUUUUCAAAAUUUUAAAUUUCUAUGUUUGACCAAGUUUUUAGUACCCCUUCCUGUCCAUUAUAAAUAAUAAAUGUUGUGGUUUUGUACUAAGGUUUUAAGUAACCUUAUUUCAAAACCGUGACACUUAUUUGGGUUGAAGGGAGUAGUAAAGUAUAUCAACAUCUAAAAUAGUAGAUAUAUGAA